CCGCUACCAGAAAAGGAAGUCAGGCUGGAGUGCUCCUCCCUUAAGUGGGCUGUUCCAUGACGGAGGAGUGGGAAAGUGGAGAGCGCCACUCUAACAAGAACUAUGCCGAGGUGUUGUUUCCGGAAGUGCAUUGCUGCUCAGCUUUCACGUGUUUUGAAGAUCCCGCCAGAAAACCUGAUAAAAUCAAUCUCUGCUGUUCCAGUAUCAAAAAAUAGGCAAACUGCUGAUUUCCAGUUUUCUAUGAGUCCUGUGUUAGAUGCAAAUUCUACAAAUUACACAACUUCCGAUAUUAAUUUUCAGGCAGAAGAGCUGGUAAACAAGCUAAAAUGUGAUGCAGUCGUGAACCAAAUCAGCCCAGGUAAAGGAACAGUAGAUUUCACAAUAAAUCGAGACUUAUUAGCAAAGACAGUGUUGCAGCAGGUAUUUGAAGAUGGCGCUGAAUAUGGAAUAAAGAGCGAAGUUUUCUCAGGCUUGCCAAAAAGAAAGGUUCUGAUUGAUUUUAGUUCACCCAACAUUGCAAAGAAAUUUCACGUUGGUCACCUGCGUUCUACAUUAAUAGGAAAUUUCAUAGCAAAUAUCAACGAAGCGAUUGGACAUCAAGUAAUAAGAAUAAAUUAUCUUGGAGAUUGGGGCAUGCAAUUUGGGCUGUUGGGAGCUGGCUUCCAGUGGUUUGGUUCUGAAGAAAAACUAAAAUCUAAUCCUUUGCAGCAUCUUUUUGAGGUUUAUGUACAGGUCAACAAAGCUUCAGAAGAGGAUGAAAAUAUUAAAACUCUGGCACAAGAUUUCUUUAGAAGAUUGGAAGCACAAGAAGAAGAGGCUGUGUCACUGUGGCAACAUUUUAGAGAUGUUAGCAUUGAAGAAUAUGCUCGGGUGUAUAAGCGUCUCGGAAUCUACUUUAAUGAAUAUUCUGGAGAAUCAUUUUAUCAAGAGAAAAGUAAAGAAGUUCUAAAGAGGUUGGAUGCAAAAGGACUUCUUACAAAAAUAGAAGGAGUAGGAAAAGUUUGUCUUUCUGAAAAUGGAAACCAGGUUGCUGUGAUGCGUAGCGAUGGAACUUCACUUUACUUAACAAGAGAUCUUGCUGCUGCUAUAGACCGAAUGGAAAAAUAUAUGCCUGACAUUAUGUUAUAUGUCGUAGAUAAAAGUCAGAGCUCUCAUUUUCAACAGAUGUUCCAGAUUCUGAAAUUACUUGGUUUCAAUUGGGCAGAAAGGUGUCAACAUGUGCCCUUUGGGAGGAUUCAAGGCAUGAAAACUCGACAAGGAGAAGUGAUUUUCUUGGAAGAUGUUUUAAAUGAAACUUGUUCCCUGGUAUUAGAAAGACGUGCCUCAACAAAAACCACAAAAGAAUGUGACAAUCCUCCUGAGACCGCAGAACGGAUUGGGCUCGCAGCACUGAUCAUUCAGGACUUCAAAGGCCUUUUAUCAUCUGAUUAUCGGUUUAACUGGGAUCACGUUCUUCAGAGCAAAGGCGAUACGGGUGUCUUCUUGCAAUAUACACAUGCCAGGCUGCACAGUUUAGAAGAAAUAUGUGGUACUGUCAAUCAAGACACUCCUGUGAACCCUGCCUGUUUACAAGAUCCACUAGCAAUAUCCUUACUUCAACAUCUUCUCAGAUAUGAUGAAAUUAUUUACCAAUCUUCACAAGAUCAUCAGCCGAAGCAUAUUGUUAAUUAUCUAUUUAAACUCAGUCAUCUAGUAUCUGCAGCUCACAGAAAUCUUCCUGUGAAGGGCAGCCCUCUGGAACUCGCUCAGGCAAGACUCUGCCUUUUUCACGCUGCUCGUUCUGUUCUAGCCAACGGAAUGAAGCUUCUAGGAAUCACACCUGUAGAUAAAAUGUAAUGGGGCAACUUCCUUGAUGCUUUUUCUAUGUAUCACUUAUGAAGAUGGUCUGAUCUCCGAUUUGGAUUUUGUGGCCUUUCCAGAUUGGUGGGAAUAUUGGGUAAAGCCCCUGCGACAUGAGUUUUUUCUUCUCUAUAAUAAAGCCAGUUCCAUGUUUUAUUGGUAUUUGAAUUAAAUGGUUGUAAUGCACCCACAAUGUGUGGACCAGGCUGUAGGACUAUGGCUUUGACCUGCUCUGAAAACCACUUGGAAAUUUCUGCAGCUGUGCGAUUGGCACCAAAUAAUAGUGCUUAAAAAUUAAAUCCCAUUUUGUAUUUUUGCAAUACAAAGCUUUGUCAUUAUGAGAAUAUUAGACCUGUGGAGUGUGUCUUCCUCAUAUACACUUGGCUUGAAUGUUUUUUAAAUAUAUGUGGUACAUUUAUUUCUAAAAGCUAUCUUGCCAUUAUGGAAAUCCUGUGGAUUCAGUCCUUACCUGGCUCUUCAACUGACUAACUUUUCAGACUUUCUUUUAAGAAAUAAGAUGACGCUGCUAUUCUCCAAGGAAAAUCAUGAGCCUCUACUGGUAAAAUUCUUUUAAAAAGCAUCCUCUGUGGGCUACCUGUACAUUUGCCCAGUAGGCCAUUGUAAUCUGAUGUCAGCCCUGGAGGCAAUCUUUUUCUUUGGAUCUUCAGGGCUGCCGCAUUUAGUGCUGUGGGAAACUGGGAGGGGGGAUUGCAUGGAGUGGUGGAGAUAUCUCCCAUAACAACAUUCCUUUCUCUGGAAGUCAAGGACAUCCUGCCCUGCACCUGGAGUAGGUUGACUGGGAGGCAUCUCCAGUUGGUAUGGUGCAUUGAUUGGACCAUGUGAUGGACAUGUGGGUGCAGGGGAAGGGACUUGGACUUUCUUUUGGGUGGCGAAAACCUGGAAGCUUUCAGAUUCGGGUUUUCCCAGAUGUGCCAAUAUGACAUCUCUAAUAAAAUGGAACUUUGAGGAACUUCUAGCCUUGGAGUCUUCUUUCGUUGGGGGUGUUACUUGGAACCCUGACAAUGCCAUGUUUUAAAAGUAACUUAUUUUUUAGCUUUUUGUUUAACCUACUUUUAUUAGUUUUAUAAAUCACUCAAGGCAGUGAACAUACUUAAACUUUCUCCUCCUGUUUUCUU